AUGUCGACCCCCGGUCGCCGAACCCACCAGGGAUGCUGGACCUGCAAAGCCCGCCGGCGAAAGUGUGAUCGUGCGCGCCCGACAUGUCAGGUUUGUGCUCAACGCGGAGUGCCAUGUGAGGGUUACGAUGUUCGUCUCCGCUGGGGAACCGGAAUUGCCUCGCGAGGGAGAUUUACCGGCGCCGAUGCGCCUGCCGAGUCGUCAAUUUCGCCGAGGCUUCAAGGACGACAGAGAGAUCUGCUUCGGGAGAGGAAGCGGCAGUUGCAGGUAGCUGAUCAAGUGCGGAAAUCUUCUGGAUCUGACAUCUCAGCAGAGGGAACUGAGGAGUUGCUACUCAGCCCGUUACUAUCCGAGACUUGGAAGACGGAUCGUUAUGCAGAAUUGUUUAGUGACUUCCUCUCAUCUGGCAUCAAUGUCCUUCACUCCACGACUAUGCACGACGGUGAAAUACCACUCAAAGUACGACUACCAGGACUGUGUCAACAAUCGGAAGCGCUGUAUCAAAUAUGCAUCACACUACAGGUCUCUAUACGUCCGGAUUUGAAGUCUGAAUUCUUUGAGUACUUUGACGCAGCCCUGAACAAAUUCCGUAGCGAGUUAGAUCGGAGCGAAGCCUAUUUAGAGGAUGGUACACUAACUGCUGGAUUGCUGUUGUGUACUAUUGGUAUUAUGCAAGGGAUACCGUGGACUAUGCAUCUCCGAGGGAUGUAUAACAUCCUACAGUCACACAGUGUGACACGGUCGCAUGAUCAGGUCUCUCCCUUUCGGGCCCAUUUGUUAGAGGUAAUGGGAAUCAUGGAUCUCCCGACAUUCGCGAUCGGUAGAAAACACCCAUAUCUAGGUUUCUGGCGGCAGUACUGUCGCAAUCAAUCGAUGCCGGACCCAUCUGAACAGUAUGAUGUGGAGGUCAUGAGUGGUUUACCGCGAUCCUUGGUUGACAUUUUCUCUUGUAUUUAUCAGGGCGCAACAGAACAAGAUUUCUGGGAUUGGCCCGGUUCCAGGGGGUGCUUUUUGCAGUGCCAGCUGUGGGAAGCAUAUCGACUGGCUGGGAUGUUGGUGAUCCGACAUGGUGCAAUGCGACUGCCUUUUGAACUGGACGAUAACCCAGCACAGCGAGGACGAAGCCAAAGACAAUCAGCACUUCCAACAACGGCGGUGAUCAUCACGCGACUUCUCAGCUGCGUGGACGCUAUAUAUCGAGCGUCCUCAGAAGCAGGGGGAAAGGUUACACUGAUCAUAAAUGCCAUUCCUUAUCCUGUCUUCGUCGCUGGCCUUCAAACGGAUGCAUUGAAUAAGGACCCCGACUUAAGAGAAUUUAUCCGGAAGAUCCUGGUGGCAAUCGCAGAUGGACCUUUCUGGAACAAGCAAUAUCGACUACUUCUGGAGUUACUGGAAGAGUACUGGACCUAUCCUCAAAACACUAUCAAUAUACAUCAGAUUGCGCAGUCACGAGGAAUAGAACUUGGCCUAUUCUGA